UCCAUUCUUACACUAUUCCUCUACUUUCUCUCAUCCUUUUUUCCUGAGCUCAUCCAAACGCUCCUCUAAAUUUUAUCAUCUUCUCAUAAAAUUUGUUGGAUUUAAUUAACAAAAAUGGAAGAAAAAUUACAGCUUAUUUCAUCAUCAAUUGAAGAAGAAGUUAUUGAAGAGUUUUAUGAGAAAAUUGAAGCUCCAAAAUUCGUUGAUUUUACUCUUCCAAAUCAUUUUUGUCCUGAUGAUUGCUAUUGGUUCUGCUCUCGUGUUGGAUGUGAUCAACAACAUGAAGAAGAGAUGGAUUCCGAAGCCAUUUACAAGAAUUUCGUGCUUCGGGUAAUGGCUGCAAGGAGUCCCAAUGUGAAAUUAAGACGAGCAAUAAUCAGAAAAUCACCAAGUGGAAGUAAGAAAUGCCCGUUUUCGGCCCCUCCGAAAUCUUCAAAAUCAAGGCUACCAAGAUUAGCAUUAGUUGCUUCUUCAAUCUCUAAGAAGCUUCUUAUGAAUGAAGAAAAGGGAAAUUCUAAGGCUCUUCCUGCAAAUGCAAAGCCUGUUUCUACUCCUAAAGCUAGAGUGAAGCAUGUUGCUGCCAAGUAUAUGACUUCUCCUAGGAAGAAAGAGAGAAGUUCUCCCAAUCCUAAUGUCUUUCGAAGUGUACGCAACCCGAAGAAAACGAGCAUUUCGUUACCGAAGAGUAAGAUCGUAGCGAAGGCAUUGAUGUUCAAUCCAUCACCUAGGAAAGCUAUCAAAAUGAAGGCACCACAGGAGUUGGGUACCCCUAUAACUAAGUUGUGUGAAGGGGUGAAGCAGCUUAAGAUAAAUAGCCAAAAGAAGGGUAUUAUUACUCACAAAUCAUCCAAGGAUGGCACAAGUGAAAAGAAGAGGUUACCUAGUUCCUGCAAGGCAAAAACACGGGAGUUGAGUACCCCUAUAACUAAGUUGUGUGAAGGGGUGAAUAAGCUUAAGAUAAAUAGCCAAAAGAAGGGUAUUAUUACUCAUAAAUCAUCCAAGGAUUGCACGAGUGAAAGAAAGAAGUUGCCUAGUUCCUGCAAGGAAAAAGCGCGGGAGGUUGAUGGCAAAUUCUCAAGAAGCGUCAAGAGUAAGGCCAAGACGAAAGACAGGAAGUGUGUUGAUUCUGUACUAGAGGAAGUUGAGAAGAGCGGAGAUGAAUCGAGUGAUAUGGAAAUUGAUGAGAAGUCGAGGUGUGGUUCUUUGGGGUUGGGAGUGGAGUCAACAAAGCCGGGUAUUGGAUAUCAUAGUAGCUUCCAAGAAGAAGGGAGCACAUCUUUGAUCACUCAGAAAUGUGAAAUAAAUUCAGGUUCAGAUUCUGAUAAGAAAGCUUCAGCAGAAGAGGAUUCCGAGCCAAUUCGAGGACAAAAUGGGGAUGAACAAAGCCAAGAAAAGGAUAACACCACCGCAGAUGAGCUAAAAAAUCAGAAUCUAGGAGUAGUCAGUGAACUCGAGGAUGACGAUGACAAAAGAAAUGGUUUGAACUCUGCUGAUAUCAGGAGUGAAGUGCAUUCAGGUUCGGAUUCUAACGGCAAACUUCCAGCAGAUGAGAAUUAUGUGGCAAUGCAAGCACCAAGUAAGGAUGAAGAAAGCCAAGGAAAGGAGAAUAACAUUGCAGAUGAUCUUGAAAAUCAGAAUCCAGGAGCAGUCAAUGAACUGAUGGACAAUGAUGACAAAGAAAAUGCUUCAAACUCUACUGAUAUCAGAAAUUUGAACAGUGAAAAUCUCAGCAAGAAGGAUGCACCUAUAAAACCCAAGGUCAAAACAAAGCAACAUCCCCAGAAACUAGACAAAGCUACAAAAGAAAACUGUCCUGCAGGAACUGGUAUGCAGGUCUUGAAGAGCAAGAAACUCAAGCCAACGAACCCCAAGCCUUUUAGGCUGCGAACUGAUGAAAGAGGAAUUCUGAAAGAAGCAACCCUAGAAAGAAAAGUUCAUUCCCAUGAAAAUUCAUUUACUACAAGCGAAAACUCAAUGGGAACAGGAAAUGGAGUAUCUGACAAGAAAGACGAGGGCAGGAGUUUAAAAAAGGAUCAAAUUAGACCAAUCAAAAGCAGAUACAAGUCUUUAAAAGAAGUAAAGCCGAAGUCACAGAAAAGCUGUGAAACUACUAAAACUCCUCUCUUGCAGAAACAAGGGCCUCAGAGGGAAAUUGUAUCUCGUGUGAAAUCUCGGGUACUCGAUCCAACUGAGAAAAAUGAAACAACUAAGUUAAGACCAAAGAAAUCAAGAGAGCAUGGAAAGGAGGUUGGUAGUUCAACAAAGAAAGCUUCUGCGGUGCAGAAAUCAUCAGCAGACGAAAAAAGGCCAGCAGCAACUAUCCCAAGAGAGCCAAAUUUUCACAGUUUGCAUAAACUGAAAGGUUGCACAAGAAUUAAACCAUAAGGAUUUGAGCAUUUGACAUAUUAGUGUGGAUUUUUCUUAGGAAAGGAAGUUUGUAUCUUUGUUAGUUUGUUUUGUUCAAUUAUUUUCAUUCUUUUUCUUUUUGGUAAUUUUGUUCAAUUCAUUCAUUGAAUAUAUUAACUUGUAUUAACGACGAGUGCUUGUACUUUACCAUGAUAAAUGAGUGUUUCUUCUUGGUGUGAAUUGGAAGUAAAUUUACAAAUUAAGAGCAAUUUCUGCCUA